AGUCCCGCGGCUCUCCGUUGAGAAGGUGCGGCUGCUGCGCGGGAGACAGGGUCUCUCGCUGAAACCUGGAGCUUGCAGUUUUUCAAGUGGGCUGGCUAACCAUCAAGUGUUAGCAAUCCUCCUGUCUCUGUCUCCCUCUCCUCUGCCCAGCACUGGGGUACAGAUACCCUGGAUCACUAUGGCGAUCGUGGAGAAUCAGGUCACAUGUGUUCUGUCUCAGAAGCAGCAGUUGGACAGCAACAUACUCUCCCCCUUGUGAGCAUUAACAGAGGGAAGUGUAAACAUGUUCAACUACGGGUCCAAACUGAAGAAAGAUACCUAAGUCAUUAUGGGGAGGCAGACAGUCCUCUGUUCACGGUUGUGCAAAGUCUCCAAGUAAAUCAGAGAGAAGAGAAGCAGCCCUACUGUGGUAAGUCCUAAGCAGGCUUACGAGUUUCUCAUCUGUGGACAUGUUUCCAGAUCAGUCCUCACUCCCCUAAAGACAAACCUGAAAACCUUAAAACGGGUCAAACGAUGGAUGAGUCAGAUGAUGAUUUCAAAGAACUCUGUGCCAGCUUUUUCCAAAGGGUGAAAAAAAAUGCAACCAAAGAGGCGUCAGGAGAAAAGAAGAAGCGGAAGGCCUCCGGCAGCACUCAGAAACGAGGCAAACUGAAAGAAACCUGUCACGCUGCCACCAGGAGCAAAACCCUUCAAGGCCCUUCAGAGAAGAAACCUCGAACAGACAGCCAGGCCUCUAGGACUAAAAAGCAAGGGGCACCCAAAUCCCAAGAAGGGGACCCAGCUCUCCCUGUGAACGGAAAGGGAGGUGUCCUUGCUCCUAGCCCACAGCUUGUGUUGUGUGAAAGAGCACAGAGCAUUCAGACAGAGAGUGCUCCCAAUGGCGACUCCCAGCCCCUCCCAUCCUGUCUCACUACUACUGGUGUGCCAAGUCCCUCCAGACCUAGAGCCUCAGAGCUGGUUCUCCAACGGAUGAAGCAGUUCAAGAGAGCAGACCCUGAGCGCUUGAAACAUGCUUCAGAAGAGUCUUCCCUAAAGACCACACUGGAAGAAAAUGCCCCAAGGAACCCUCAAGAGGAGAUGGUGGUAGAAAACGAGUAUAAGCCCGGGCUCCAUGCCGCAGACAGCGAUGCUGCUGUGGCCCUGGCCUUGGAGCAGGAGUUCAGAAGGGAAGAAGCGUCUUCACAUCAUGACAGCUUGGAGGAGAAGGGGUUGUUCUUCUGCCAAAUGUGUCAGAAAAACCUCUCAGCAAUGAACGUGACCCGGAGGGAGCAACAUGUGAACAGGUGCCUUGAUGAGGCAGAAAAGGCACUGAGGCCUGCUGCACCUCAGAUCCCUGACUGCCCAAUAUGUGGUAAACCGUUCUUCACCUCCAAGAGCCGAAUCAGUCAUCUGAAGCAGUGCGCAGUGAAGAUGGAAGUGUGUCCCCAGCUCCUGCUCCAGGCUGUGAGGUUACAGACAGCUCCGCCCGAGGCGGGCAGCAGCCCUCCGGUACCCAGCAACCAUGUUGGAGGUUUGAAACGGAAAGGAACCACCAAGAAGGAGCCACAGAAGAGGUGGAAGGUCAAGAAGCCCGAGGCGCCGUCUGAAGAUCUGCUGGUGGCCAUGGCUCUGUCUCGCUCUGAGAUGGAGCAGUGUCCACCUGUGCCCCCGCUCAGACUGGAAAAUGCUUUUUCUGAGAAGAUAAGGCUAGGAGCAGAGAAGAAAAGUCGCAGGAAGAGACCCCCGGUGUGUCCCCCACGGUUGUUAACCCAGGACUCUGAGACCACAAGUAGACAGAUUGAGGAUCGUGUCGCCCAGCUCCUGUCAGAGGAAGUGGAACUGUCCUGCACCCCACCACUUCCUGCCAGCAAGAUUUUAAAGGAAGAGUUGGAGCAUGCAGGCUGGCGUCUGCAGCUGCCUGAGGGAAAGCGAAAUUUUCUGUGGGAGUGCAGUGCCCUCACAGGGGCCUGGGCUGAGGAGUCCUUCUACACAGCAGGCCUGGUUCCUCCACUUGUGUCCCAACGGCCUCCUAAGGAACAUGAGCUAUCACUGCCCAAACAGCGAGAGCCAAGUACACAAAGGCCACCUGCUUCCCACAGCAGCCCUCCUGUGAGCCACAGCCCCAAGAGCCAGUUGAUGUCCUCCAGUCAGAGGGAGCACCAAGCUCUUCAAAAUCUUGUGGACUUGGCAGUGGAGGGGAUGAGUGCCAGCCCAGGGCCCGGCAGUCUCGGAGUACCGGCAGGGUUGGACUUGGGACCCAGCAGCCUUCCACUGACUGGAUUUGUCCUGCCGUCUAAGAAGACCCUUCAGCGGAGUGACCACGCCUCACUCUCCUCUCUAGGGUUGCUGGUGUCUGACUUUGGGGCAAUGGUCAACAAUCCACACCUAAGUGAUGUCCAGUUCCAGAUUGACAGCGGAGAGGUGUUUUAUGCCCACAAGUUUGUUCUCUAUGCCCGAUGUCCACUUCUUAUUCAGCAUGUAAACUCUGAAGGCUUCUCUGCAGUGGAGGAUGGGGAUCUGACCCAGCGCAUCCUGCUGAACGAUGUGAGCUCUGAGGCCGCCCAGGCCUUUCUGAACUAUCUCUACAUGGCCGACACUGACAUGCCUCCCAGCCUAGCUCCUGACCUGCGUUCCCUAGCCCUAAGGUUUGGUAUGAGCGACCUUGCUCACCUGUGUGAACAAGUGCCCGUCGUGACAGACUUGGAGGGAGACCAAGAGGAGGAGGAGGAGAAGGAAAAUGAGAACUGUGAAAGCAGAGCAGAGAAUUUCCAAGAACUCCUGAGGUCAGUGUGGGUAGACGAGGAGGAGGAAGCAGAGACUUUGUGGAAACCUGAGGUCUGUGAAGAAGACAGAGAAAACGUGAAUGAAGCAGAAAUGGAGGAAAUUUAUGAGUUCGCAGCCACUCAGAGGAAGCUGCUCCAGGUGGGGAGCAUGGCAGACACAGACGAGGACACUAACCAGCUCAGGGAGGACAGUCCCGUUUCUGAGCCUUCCCUGGCAGGUGCCCAGAGUGACAGGUGGACAGAACAAAUGGAGUCACCUGGGCCGGUCUUCUGGGAAAAUGAAAGAGAUUCCAUUCCGCCCCAGGGCCAGCACUCAGACUGGGCAGGGAAAGCAGGGACCCAGGAGGCACUAAGGGAGGCAGCUGGCCAGCCCGGCUCCUGUACCCCUUCUGAGAGCCAGCGGGUGAGGAGGAGAGAGUGCUCACCUUUGCACCCAGUCAAGGCCCGUGACUACAGACAGCUCUUUGCAUCAACUCAGAGAGAACCAUCUGAACUGUCAAAAGUGACAAUUGAUCACGAAGAGCAAAGUGACACUGUUGGUGACAGGCAGGCAGAGGUGGCCCCUUCCCCCCCUGAGGAGCAGGCACCCCGCUUCCUCCUGUCACAGCCUCCUGGAGGUGGAAGUCCCAGCCAGUCACGGCGUCCCCUGUUUCACACAAGCAAUUUGUCCCCAUCAGUGUCCCAGUCCCGCAGUAGCAUUUCCAAGGUGGCAUCCCCAAGCUCACUGUCUCCAGUUACGCCAGCUAAGCAGAGAAGGGACAGUAGCAUUCUUACAUUCCUGAAGGAACCAAGCCACCAGAGAGGUAAACGAGGUAGUUCCAUGUCGGGACGCAGAAGUAGGAGCAUCCUGAUUUCCCCGGCAAAGUCUCCACCCAUUGACCUGACCCAGUCGGUACCUGAUCCCUUGAGUCCCAGGACCCAGGAUCCUCUGCAUCAUGUAAAGAAAGAGGACGAGAUUAUCCUUUUACUAGAUUCAGAUGAGGAGCUGGAACUAGAGCACACCAAGACAAAGUUAGUUUCUAAAGAGUCCCCAGAAGGAAGGAAAGCUCUAGAAGUUAGCCCCAAGUCCUCUGAACUGUUUUCAGUCAUUGAUGUCGACGAAGAUCAAGAACAUUUCCAGAGCCCCCCGAAGAGAGAAGCCAGGCCGCAGAAGGAAGAAGAGGGACAGCCGGGAAACCAGUCCUCUCUGGGAAGCAGAGAGGCCCCCUGGCUCUUCUGCAGCCAGAAGAACAGCCUAGAUGAGGAUAGCACUACAGACACCUCCUGGCUGGUGCCUGCCACUCCGGGGGCCUGCAAGAGCCGUGAUUGCUCCUCACAGACCCAAAUCCUAAGCCUUAAGACCAGGAGCCCAUCAGAUGAGGCUGGUGAGCACACCCCCAGGCCUGCCAUAGAACGCAGGGUUGUGCAGGAAGCAGCUCAGAAGUUCUCAGUGAUCAUGCCGCAUAAACUGCCUGCUCCUCAAAGAAUUUCUGAGAGUGGAAGACAGGCCUAUGGAAGCCCUUCCCAUGUGCACCCCAGGUGCCACAAGCGCUCCUCUUUACAGCCAUCAAGUCCUGCCCCGGAUUUUACCAGGUGGCCCCAGAAACACUCAUCACCUGGGCCAUGCCUGCCCAACCAGGCUGCAGCUGAUGAAGUGGUAGAAGUUGGGGACAGUGAUGACGAGCAGGAGGUGGCUUCUCUUGGCGGAAACGGCAGCCCUGUGCUAGAUGGUGACCCCCCGCUUCCCAUGGGCGACCACUGUUGGCAGGAGGAGCCUCUCUCACCAAUUCCAAUUGACCACUUGAAUCUGGCGCGGACUGGCCCCCUGACCACAAGCAGUCCCAGCCACCAGUCCCAGGAGGCUCUGCGUAGUGGUGACUGCCACUCCCCAGAACUCCUGGGCACCACCCCCAUCCGAGGAAGCUGUGGUGCCCUGAGAGAGUCCCAAGAGGCUUCCCAGGAUGCCUCUCCCGGGAGCAGCAAACUGAGUUUCAUGAGCCCAGCUCUGUGGGAUGACUGGGAUGAAGAGCCACAGUCUCCAGAGGCCCCACCUGCGGCCCAAAUGCUGGGUGCUGGAGCUCGGAAGCCAGGCAGCCCAGAGACACCAAAAGGUGCUAACAAGAAAAAGAACUUGCCCCCCAAAGUGCCUAUAACUCCAAUGCCAAGGUAUUCGAUCAUGGAGACCCCAGUGCUGAAGAAAGAGCUGGACAGCUUUGGAGUUCGUGCUCUGCCCAAACGCCAGAUGGUUCUCAAACUGAAGGAGAUUUUCCAGUACACUCACCAGACUCUGGAGUCAGACUCAGAGCAUGAAAUCCAGUCCUCCCAGGUGCUUCCAGAGGAACCUUGCAGCCAGGACCCCACCACUGAGACCUACAAGCCUUCAAGGUUGCCAGCUGGGGAGCUGCCGUCAGGCCCUGAUGGGGACGCCCCACUUCCAGCCUCCCAGGAAUCCACGGCUGCCUCUGCGGAUGGUAGUGACAGCUCCUUUAUCUCUCAAAGUUCCUCCUGUGCGUUUGGAGCUGCCUUAGAGUCUGCAGGUGAAGACAAGGAUGACGAGGAGGAGGUCCGAGCAUCGCAAGCUGCUGUCCAGGCCGCAGACCCAGAGGAGGCUGUGACACGCUACAUCUGCUCCAAGCCUGCCCUCUACAGGAAGGUACUGACAUACCAGCCUCUCGAGCUGGCUGAGCUACAGGCUGAGCUGAAGCAGGAUGGCAUUCCUGUGGCCAUGGGCAAGCUGCUGGACAUCCUAGAUGCCCAGUGCAUCACCUUCACAACUGCUGCAGCGCGAAAGGAGAAGCUGCAGCAGAGGAGACGGCAGCCCUUGGGCAGAAAGAAAAAGGACCAGAAAUGACAGGUUUCCACCUAGAAGCUGCCUGCCCAAGGGCCUGGACACUGGUGCAAGGCAGGCCUCUGUGGGUGUGUCUUGGGACGUCAGCCUGUGUCUCUGUAAAGGAUGACAUCACCAGCAAACUCUCCGGGGCUGUACCGGCUCUCAGUGUCGUUCCUGGGUUUAGAGCCAAGCGCUCCUUCCUCCCUCCCCCUCGGUCAGUGCCAGUUUCCCCCCUUUGGCCCAAGCAGGAUCCCCAUCCUGUGUGUUCCUGAGAGGCAGUGGGCGAUCCCAGCUGACCAGGGCAAGACCUGAGUCGUCUUCACUUACAUUCUGCGUCCACUGCAGCCCAGCCCAGCUGUCCAGGUAGUACGUUCUGAGAUGGGUAUCAGGCCCGCCUGCCUUCUCAGCAUUCAGACUGACCCAGACACCCCAGGGCGGCCUGCACCACUGCAGCACAGAUGUUUCUCUGACCCGGUGCCGGCCCACACCUGUCACUGUCACCAGCAUUCUUUAGGCAGGACUGUGAAUAGGGCCCAGCACAACUAUGAAGACCCCCCCAACAAGCAUGCUGUUUGUGGGCUCCUCCCAUGCCUGUUAAGCCUCCUUGACCCAGGAGCAAUGUGGACCUUGGGGAGAGCCAGAAAAAACAGAAGUUGGGGUUUCCAUAGCCUGUGAAUGUCCUUGUCUGUUUUAAAUACAGUGACGUUGUUUUAUAUGAGUGCAAUAAAAACAAGGCUUUAUUUAA